CUGGACACUCGGACACUGAAGCGCUGAUGGCGGCGCACGCUAUUGAAUUAAACAGAGCCGCUGGACUGGAGGCUUCUCACAGUCUGGGUCAGUCGCCCGCCCCUCUAAACAUGAACCAUUAUGCCAAUAAGAAGAGUGCAGCGGAGAGCAUGCUGGACGUGGCCCUGCUGAUGGCCAACGCGUCGCAGCUGAAGGCCGUGCUGGAGCAGGGGCCCGAAUACUCCCUGUACACGUCCCUCGUCACGCUCAUUAGCCUGUCGCUCUGUCUGCAGGUGUUAGUGGGGAUCUUGCUCAUCUUUAUAGUGAAGUGGAACCUGAACGAUGAGCAGAAACAUCUCCGGCUGAAUGUCUUCGAGAACAUCACCACCAGCUGCGUCUUCAUCAUCGUCGUCAUCAACGUCUUCAUCACUGCGUUCGGAGUUCAGCGGCCCAAUCCAGGCCUGCGACAGUAGCUCAAACACG